CGCCGCCAUCUUUGUUGUUGUGGCUGAAGUGCUAGGAGAUUAGCUUGCACACAGACGUGGGCAACUAAUCCGCGUUUUUCCUCAAACUUCAGUGAAACAUACUUUUUGCUAUUUGUUUGGUUAAACAAGCUUAUUUUUAAAACAUGGCGCAAUAUAAAGGCGCAGCCAGCGAGGCCGGCAGAGCCAUGCAGCUGAUGAAGAAGCGAGAGAAAGAACGAGAACAGCUCGAACAGUUGAAGCAGAAGAUUGCAGAGGACAACAUGGUCAAGUCCAACAUUGACAAGAAAUUCUCAGCUCACUAUGACGCUGUUGAGGCAGAGCUGAAAUCCAGCACAGUUGGUCUGGUGACGCUGAAUGACAUGAAGGCCAAGCAGGAGGCUCUGGUGAAGGAGAGAGAAAAACAGCUGGCCAAGAAGGAGCAGUCGAAGGAACUCCAGCUCAAACUAGAGAAGCAGAAAGAGAAGAAGAGAAAAGAGGAACAGAAGAGGAAAAUCGCCAGUUUAUCCUUUAAUCCUGAUGAUGAAGAGGAUAAUGAAGAAGAAGAAGAGGAGGAGGAGGAAGAGGAAGAGGAGGAGGAAGAAUCUGAGGAAGACGAGCAGGACUAUAUUCCACCUAAGAAGAAACUGGGGAAAAAUCCAGAUGUGGACACAAGUUUCCUUCCAGAUCGUGACAGAGAGGAGGAGGAGAAUCGUCUUCGAGAGGAGCUGAGGCAGGAGUGGGAGCUUAAACAAGAGAAGAUCAAGAGUGAGGAGAUUGAAAUCACUUUCAGCUACUGGGAUGGUUCAGGUCAUCGUAAGACAGUCAAGAUGAAGAAGGGGAACACCAUCCAGAACUUCCUGCAGAGGGCCCUGGAGGUCCUGAGGAAGGACUUCAGUGAGCUCAGAUCUGCUGGAGUAGAACAGCUGAUGUACAUCAAAGAGGAUCUGAUCAUCCCACAUCACCACAGCUUUUACGACUUCAUCGUAACAAAAGCCAGAGGCAAAUCAGGUCCUCUCUUCAGCUUCGACGUUCACGACGACAUUCGACUUGUAAACGACGCCACGGUGGAGAAAGAUGAGUCUCACGCAGGUAAAGUGGUGCUGAGGAGCUGGUAUGAGAAGAACAAGCACAUCUUCCCCGCCAGUCGUUGGGAGCCCUACGAUCCGGAGAAAAAGUGGGACAAAUACACGAUCCGAUGAAAAGGCCUGAUCUCACCGGAGAUUCCUGGGGUCCCUGGUGCAAACGCUCUUUUGCUAAUUUCCAUCUUGUUCCGCUCUGUGCUUCAUCAGGUUUCAAUAUACAAAUGUCACUUGAUUUGUUAUACAACUCUCACCAAACGUAUGUGACUUAGUUGCCAGUGUGUGUGUGUGCGUGUGCGUGUAUCCUGUGAAAAACAAGCCUGCGAUCAUGUGUUUUAAAGCUGAUGAGUUUGUUUCUGGGUGUCUGGGCUUAAUAAAGCAGCCCGGGCCUCUUUGGACUGAUGAGCACGGUUCAUUAAACUUGGCACGGACACUUGGCUUCUUUUGCCACUAUUGAAAAGA